AUGUCAGGUGUUGAGAUCAUAGGGCUCAUAUCCGGUGUCAUAACUCUCAUCGAAGCCUCCGUGACAAUUUAUAAAGCCCUCGAGAGCGGACCCGGCUUGCCAAGUUCGUUUCGCGACAGCGCCGCACGCCUUCCUCUCAUUCAAGAGAGUCUCACCCUGGUGAGAGAAAAUCUCGAUGCUGAUCCCUCGUCUGCCGCGUCCCAAGCCGCGCUGGAGCAGGUUCUUGACGCUUCUAUGGGGCGAGCGACCGCGCUCCACGAUGCCUUCCAAGCCAUAGUUCAGCCGCCAGGUGUUUCGCCGUGGACGAAGGGUCUCAUAGCAAUGAAAGCGAAGUCCAGGGCGAGCCACGUGGACAAGCUCAUUAGUGGGAUAAUGGAGGACCUGCAGGUGCUGACUGCGAAUCACGCUGUCAAAGCGGCGACCAGGGCGCAGGUUGAAGGAUUGGUGGCGGAAAUCAAACAGAAAAAAGAACCGAUACAACAGGAGGAUCAUGAAGAGGCCGUGGGCUUUCGGCAUGCAGGAUCGAACAAGCAGUAUGUCUACACCGGAGUUGGCAACCAAAAUAUCGCGAGCGACAGAGCUACACAGAUCAAUGGGACGUCUUUUGGCGGUGUUUUUAACUUUGCUCACGACUGA